AUGACAAGAUUACAUCUCAAUUCAAAAAAUACAAUAUUGGAUAAUUGCAAUCAGAGAACAAUUCAGUAUCAAUCGGAUACGUCAUCAUCGCCUGAGAUCUCAUGUAUUACUUUGAGUCAAGACAAGAAGUUGCUGUGUGCUGGCACCAUUGAGUUGAAGGCCAAAUUGUUGAUUUGGGAUAUAUGCUCAAGAACUUGCGUUAAGAAUAUUGUCAUCAACAAUGUGGGAAUGAUUAUGAAUAUCAAAUUUGCCUAUGACAACAGGCAUCUUAUUUGUAAUGCAAUCACUUAGGAAUACAGACAAGAAAUACUAUUGAUUGACUCUGAGAAUCACUAAGUGUUGGGAGUAGUCACUUACUCAUACUCAAUACCUUACAAGAUUAAGGAUUUGGAGUUCUACCCUAAUAGUGUCUUUAGAUUUGUGACUUGUGGAGUGUAGCACAUGUCUUGUUGGUAAUUUGCAGGAGGUUAAUUAACAUUUUAGGCUAUGGAGAUUGAGAAUCCAAAAGAUUUAGUAGAAUUGGUGGAGAAUCAGAAUGAUGAAUAAGAAGGAGUCCAAGAUAAUGAUUAAGAAGAUGGAUUAAGAAUUACAUUCCUAACUGUGAUAUUUGUAUAGGAUGCAAUAAUUACAGCAGGAGAAGAUGGAUUCAUUUAUGUUUGGGAUGACAAAAAGAUCAAUAAGAAAUAAAAGGCUCAUCCAGAUCAACCCAUCUUCUGUUUAUAUACAAGCAAAGAUUCUUCGAUGUUUGUAUCUGGAGGAAUGGAUGGACGUGUCAUUCUCUGGUCGUUGAGUAAAUCUGAGUAUUCUUAUGUCGUCGAGAAGAUUUAUGAGUAUAGUAUUGCUAAUGAAUAAUUACAGAAGACUGGAUUGAAUCCAAAUCUUCACAUUCAAUCGGUCUGUAUUGGACAGAAUUAUAUAUUGGCAGGAACAAGAAGUGGUGAUAUUUAUGAGUUGGUAAGACCCAAUGAGGCAGAUUUAAAAUCCUUGACAAAAAUACAGAAGGACAUGGUUAAAUUAAGAAUCAAUUGCACUGAUCAUGAUCAACCAAAAGUUGUAGCUUUUUCUGGUAAUGCUCAGAAAUUGUAUUCGAUUACUCAAAAGGGAUUGUUUGCAGUCUGGAAUUUGAGGAAAUUGAAACGCACGUAUUCUUAUGCAUUCGAAAAGGCCACUUUGAAUUUGAUAGUGUGCAAAUUAUCACCUAAAAUCUUUAUAGCUUUUGAACAAGAAGUCAUCGUGUUGAAUGAUCAUGAUUAUAGUGUGAAUACCAAUUAUUCUCUAAAAUAGAAAUCAGCAAUCUCAGAUAUGAAAUUGAGUGUUGAUGAGAAGAUGCUUGCUUUGGCUCUUGCGAGAAAUCAAGAACAAAAUGCUAAAAUCGAAAUAUAUGAUGUUGAAAACGAAGAAAACAAUUUUAGAUUACUUUGCAGCAUUGACAAUCUGAAUACAAGUGUAGAAUACUUGGAUUUCUCCACUGACAAUUUCUAUCUCUUCUAUAAAGACGUCCUGGAUGAGACUGCCCUGAUAGACCUAGAUCAAUAGAAACGCAUAAACAGCAUGCAUAUGGAAUUCGAUUUGGAAUGGUGCAGUGAUGGAAUCAAAUUAGCUGAAAAAGCCAAGGGAGUGCAUUCUUGUUAUACUGAUGAUAAUAAAAUUCGUAAGAUUACUCUGAUUGGAGAAAAGUCCAUGGCUGUUACUGACAAUAUGGGAACCAUAAGGAUUUUCAAUUAUCCCUGUACUUCUGGAUAAGGAUACAUGCGUAUCUAUACUGAUCAUAUGAUGUACAUCAAUCAAUGUGUGGCCAGUCCAGACAAGGAAACUUUGGUUACAACCUCAGAACAAGACAAAUGCAUCAUGGUGUGGAAGAUACAGAAGGUUGAUGUCAAUAAUACAUAAUGA